AUGUCCUGCAACCACGGCCACGGCUCGCGAACGCUGGCGGUCGACACUCCAUAUCCGAACCUCAACUACGGUCCAGGGGCCAAGUGGAUCAAGCAGCUCACCAAGGAUCGCCUCUCCACUUUCAAUGGGGGUCACUUCUCCGAUGUCAACCUCUCCUCCAUGCUCUUUGUCCACCGCCUGGAUGAUUCUAGCCAUGUUAGUCUGCAAAUUUGGAGUGCUCCGGGCCUGUCCAAGCCUUCGUUUGAGGACGCGAUGAAGCAAAGGUUCAGACCUGCCAAGAAGGCAUCGGUUCUCAUACUUGCGAAAGGGACCAAUCAUUGGUGGAAAGUCUCCGUAAACGUCCCUGCAUAUUGGGACCAGUAUGAGCGCGUUCAGUUCGAGUUUGAUCCCGGAUGUGAAGCAAUGAUCUAUACCACAGAUGGCGUUCCCCUACAAGGUAUCACCGGAGGAUUCGGUGGUGACCGACGUGUCGAAUACAUAAUCCCGCGGAGCGCGAGGAAGGAAGGCAAGCAUGAAGUCAUCAUUGAGUCCAGCUGUAACGGCAUGUUCGGUGUACCGUGGAACGGCGACACCAUCGAACCUCCCGAUAUGAACAGGUACUUCAGUCUUGCCUCAGCAGAUCUGGUGGUACCAAACCAGGAGGCGUGGGGACUGCUCUGGGAUUUCCAAACGCUGCGCGAAAUUGUUGACACUUUACCGGGGAACACGUCUCUCCAGAACAAGGCACUGACUGUCGCGAACGAAAUCAUGAACACGUUCGAGAAAGGUGAUGUUUCCAGUGUCUCCCGUGCACGUAAACUUGCGGAAGGAGUGUUCGGCGAAGCUUGGGAAAAGGCAGGCGCAGGUGUGUACGAUCACGGAGCCCCCGCUGCUACAAUCUGGGGUAUUGGACAUUGUCAUAUUGAUACAGCAUGGCUGUGGCCGUACCGUGUGACGCAACAGAAGGUCGCGCGGUCCUGGUCGACUCAAGUAGACCUCAUGGAGCGUUAUCCAGAGCAUAGAUUUACGUGCAGUCAAGCACAACAAUAUAAAUGGCUGGAACAGCUUUAUCCACCUCUCUUUGAGCGCGUCAAGGAGAAGAUUCUAGAAGGAAAAUUUCAUACAGUUGGCGGUUCCUGGGUUGAGAACGACUCGAAUAUGCCAUCUGGCGAGGCUCUCGCUCGGCAGUUUAUCUUUGGCCAACGGUACUUCGAGACCAAGUUUGGAAAGAGAUGCGAGACGGCUUGGUUGCCUGACUCGUUUGGUCUCACUGGAGCUCUGCCGCAGCUCAUUCGCCUAGCAGACAUGAAAUACUUCUUCACGCAGAAAUUGUCCUGGAAUAAUAUCAACGUCUUCCCUCAUUCUACUUUCAACUGGGUUGGCAUCGACGGUACUCAAGUACUAUGUCAUAUGACGCCAGUCGACACGUACACUGCGCAAGCCACCGUUGGCGACGUGAACAAGGGCCUCACCAAUCACAAAAAUCUGGAAUCGUCCGAUAUUUCCUUGCUCGUAUUCGGUAACGGUGAUGGUGGAGGUGGUCCGCUUGCCAAGAUGUUGGAGAACCUCCGGCGCAUCCGUGCAGUAUCCAACAAUUCGCGCGAACUUCCUCCGGUCAAUAUGGGUCACUCUGUGGAAGAGUUCUUCAAUGAGGUCGCCAAGGCUUCUGACGGCGGUAGCAAGCUACCAAACUGGAGCGGUGAACUCUACCUUGAGUUCCACCGAGGAACCUACACUUCACACGGAUCUAUCAAGAAGGGCAACCGCAAGUCCGAGAUUUUACUGAGGGAUGUUGAGCAUCUGGCAACUUUUGCAUCGUUGUACAAGUUUCACAAGGGUGACUACGUCUAUCCGGACGAGCGGAUCAACGACUGCUGGGAGAAAGUAUUGUUAAAUCAAUUCCACGAUGUUUUACCUGGUUCUGCUAUUGGUAUGGUAUAUGAGGAUGCGGAGAAGCUCUAUGCAGAAGUCCGCAAAGACGGCAAAGACCUAAUCGAGAAAGCGUUCGAAGCCCUGAUCCCACGCUCCAUCCCUCUAACGGAGGCAUCCGCGAAGGCGGCGAAAUCUGGCAAACUGGUGGCCUACAAUACCACAUUUUUCCCCCGCCGUGACGUCGUCAAAAUCCCUCUUGCCGGUGGAGCCUCGCCUCUCCGGUCUCAGGCCGUACAGGCGUCGGAACAUGGUUUGACGGGAUAUGCACUCAUGGAUGGAUCGGCAGCCAGCGGCCUCGCUUCCACUACUGGGUUGUAUGCGGACUCCAUGCCGGUCUCUGUGUUCACAAACGGCUCCGAUCACUUCGUACUCAGAAACACCAGUGUGCAAUUGACGAUCGCCAAAGGCAGAAUUACCAGCUUGGUUGACGUCGAGCUCGGACGGGAGCUGAUCCCCCAAGGUCAAACUGGUGGUUUGGUGAUAUUCGAUGAUCGUCCCAAUUACUGGGAUGCGUGGGACGUCGAAAUCCACCAUCUCGAGAAGCCCCAGCCGCUUGAGUUCUCAAACAUUCGGAUUGCUGCGGAAGGGCCUCUACGUGCCUCUCUCAAGUCAGAGUUCAAGUACCGCCAGAGCGACAUCACCGUGACUAUCUCGUUGGAUGCAAUUGCUGCUUCAAUGAAGAAGGACUCGCGUUCGUUCUUCAGGUUUGAUGCCGUAGUGAACUGGCAUGAGAGACACGAAUUCUUGAAAUUCGAGAUACCUCUCAAUAUCCACAACGAUUUUGCUACUUACGAGACACAGUUCGGACACGUUCAAAGGCCCACCCACAAGAAUACCACAUGGGACAUAGCCAAAUUUGAAGUCUGCGGCCAUAAGUACGCUGACCUCAGCGAAUUCGGAUAUGGUGUCGCUAUCCUAUCCGAAUCUAAGUAUGGAUUCUCCUGCCCAGGAAACGUUCUUCGCAUCUCCCUUCUGCGCGCUGCCACCGCGCCAGAUGCAGAACAGGACCAGGGCAUCCACGAAUUCUCCUGGGCUUUGAUGCCUCAUAAGGGUCAUUUUUUGGAAUCGGACGUGCCCGUCGCAGCAUACUUAUUCAAUUCGCCCCUUCACCUGCGCCUCCUACCCGAAGAGGGUGCGCACAUGCCCCUGCAGGCGGUAAAGCAGCCUUUCGUGAUUGAGGGAGCCACCAACGUCUUCCUGGAGACCGUCAAACGUGGGCUGCACGAUGAGUUUAAGACGUCCGAUCUCGCUGCGCCCACCACGAUCGUGCUGAGGCUGUACGAAGCGUAUGGAGGGCAUGCUCAGAUAAAACUGAAGAUUGCGGACCAUAUUCCUGUCGCGAAGGUGGUGACGACGAAUUUGCUCGAGGACGAGGGACCGGAGGUUAAGGUGUUUGCUGAAAAGAAUCGCACCUCGUCAUUGAAGCUCGACUUCCACGGCUUUGAGGUGAAGACGGUAAAGAUCAGCCUCGGAAAACAUGCCGUUUCCGCGAGUGAUGGUACUUCAGUGAAGAGAGAUAGCUGGGUGAGAGUUGACAAGAUCUGA